AUGGGUUCCUCUUUGAGAAGCUUCAUUAAGGAUGUACGUGCAGCUAAGACUCUAGCUGACGAAAGAUCUAUUAUCACUAAACAAUCUGCAAAGAUUAGAACAAAACUGAGAGAUGAUCAUUUACCAUUAGAAAGAAGGAGAAAAUAUAUUCAAAAACUUUUAUACUUGUAUAUUUUAGGUGAAAAGACACAUUUUGGUCAAGUUGAAUGUAUUAAUUUAAUUGCUUCUGAUGAGUUUGUUAACAAGAGAUUGGGUUAUCUGUCAGCCAUUUUACUACUAGAUGAGUCUCAAGACUUAUUGACAUUGUUAACAAAUCUAUUAAACAAUGAUUUGCACAAUUCUAAUAAAUUUGUAGUUUCUUUGGCUUUGUCCACGUUAGGGUCAUUGAGUUCUCCAGAAUUAGCUCGUGAUCUAUUCCCAGAUGUUGAAAUCAUAUUAAAACAAGUUCAAGAUCCUUUCCUAUUGAAAAAGGCUUUGCAAUGUAUUGCCAAAUUACUUUUAAAAGAUAUCUCUUUACUAGAAAUCUUUGCUGUCGAAGAUUUGGUAGCCUUAUGGCAGAACAGCGCUAUUUGUACCCAUGGUGUCUUGUUAGGUAUAGUUAAAGUUUUACAAUCCAUUUUACUAUGUUUUAUCAAUUUCCAACCAACUGAAGCUGUGGAAGAAUUGCCUAAAGAUAUGAUAGGCAAACUUGUAAGAUUUGUACCUAGUUUAUUUAAAAGACUUCAAACAUUAAAUUCCAAAAACUUCCAACCUGAAUAUGACGUUCAAGGUACUUGCGAUCCUUUCUUACAAUGUGAAAUGAUUUAUACAUUAAGAUUAUUUUUCCAAAUUGAUAAUGAUGAAAUUAACGCGUAUAUGGAUAAAUUUGGUGACCUAUUAACUCAAAUUGCCACUAAUACUGAUUCAAAUAAAAGUAGUGGUCAAGUUAUUCUUUAUGAGACCACUCGUACAAUCUUCUCUCUUCAUUUAGAUCAACCCUUAAGAGUUUUAGGUAUAAAUAUUUUGGCGAAAUUUUUGGCAGGAAAAGACAAUAAUGGUAAAUACGUUGCCUUAAAUACCUUGUUAGAAGUUGUACCACAGGAGCCUUUGGCUGUUCAAAGACAUAGAAAAUUCAUUUCCCGUUGUCUGCAUGAUCCAGAUGUAUCAAUUAAGAAGAGAGCCUUAGAAUUGACAUUUGCCAUCUUAGAUGCAUCUAAUAUCAAAGAGUUAGUUAAUGAAUUACUGCAAUUUUUAGAUGGUACCACGGAUGACGAUAGUGAUUUGAUUGUAUAUACAGUUGAUCAUCUAGUGGAUGCAUUUGAUAUUCAUACUAUAGCUGGUGACGAUUGGAAAUUGAGUGUAUUUUUAAGAAUCUUGAAAUGUGUUGGCUCUUAUAUUUCUUCUGAGAAAAUUAGCGAUAUUUUAAUUGAAAUCAAUAAUACAAAUAAUAUGCAAUCAAAACAUGAUGCAGUGAAACAAUUAUUAACUGAAACUUUAGAAAAUGAGAAAACAAACGAAAUUACAGAUGAUAAUCAUGGUUGGUUUUUGGUAACUGUAUGGUGUCUUGGUGAAUAUGCUGAUUUAAUCUUAGGACAAAGCGCAAAUAACAUUGUUAACGAAGAAUCUUUGACUCGAUUAUUAAUUGAAUUACAUUUUGAGAAUUCUUUAGAUAAUCCAAAAUUGAUUAAUUAUAUUUUAACCGCCGCACUAAAGUUAUCUAUUAAAUUGACAAGUGGAAAAUGCAUUGAUCAAUUGAGGGACCUUAUUGUGUCACAUAAGAAGGAUUCACAUUUAAUGUUGCAAGUGAAGAGUGUUCAAUAUGAAAUCUUAUUUGAUCAACCAAUAGAUGUUAGAAAGAGUAUUCUUGAAACUAUGCCUAAAUUUGAAAAAGUUGUAAGGACAACCAGUGAUCUAAGAAAUAGACCACUUGGCAAUACUCCAACUAAAAAGGAAUCAGCAAAACCUGACAGCUUGAUAGAUUUAUUGGGUGGGGAUUUUGGAAGUAGCAGUAAUAAUAUUAAUAGUAAUGAAAAUGAUAGUAAGGCUAAUAACGUCGGUGACAAUAUUAAUCCAGAAACAACCGAUGCAAUGGGUUCAGAUUUGUUAGCCGACUUAUUGGGUGGUAAUAAUGUCAAUACUUCGUUAUCACUAAAUAAAGCAGUUUCUAAUUCUGUUGAACUCCCUUCACAAGCCCAAAAGAUUCAUGAAAGUUCCUCAUUAGAUAUAUAUUCAGUUUUGAUUAAUUCAGAAAAUGGUAGUGCACAAAUUGAUAUCUAUUUCGAAGCCAAGAAGAAUGUAACUGACAUUAAAUGUCAAUGUGCAGUAACAAAGACAUUGAAAUUGACAAUGGGUCCAUUACAUCCAAGUGCAUCAAUUAAGGAAAAGGAAAUUUCUGUUCAAACUUUAAAGAUUUCAGGUUCUGGUAAAUUAAAGUUAAGAACUAAGUUAGAUUUCAAGGUCAACGGCAUUAUGACUAACGAGCAAUUUGAUCACAAAUAUGAUAAAGUUAUAUAA